CACAAAGGACCUAAAUAAAUAAAAUAAAAACAUAACAAAAGUUCCUCUUUGUUAUUUUUGUUGUUCCUAUCUCACUCUUUUCUUCAUCGUGUCCCCCUGGAUCUUCACUGCGUUAUCAGAAUCAAGCCAAGACCCCUCAACAGGAACAAUUGGAUUUCACGAAGCCGAGAUGGGGGAUUCGGAUCCUAGAAACUCAUUGAGAUGCCGUCAUUGUGCAGGUCCUCUUACCAAGGAGAUGGAAACCAGUGCUUGGACAGUUGGACCCCUUAUCAGAGAUAGCUUUUCUAUGAUUGGUUCUGCGGUCGGUGGUGUGUCAAGUGCAUUCUAUGGAUUCAACCUAGUGAUGCCGGUUGUUCAAAGACGAGUGAGAGGACCUAUGUGGUUGCAUUUCCUGAUUGGUGCCCCGCCUGUGAUAGUGUUCUCAUCAGCUUGUGCAGGAUUGGCAGGUGGUGCAAUUCCAGCGCUUGCUCAACUAGCAUCAUCCUCUUAUCAUGCAGCAGUCUCAUCCCCGUCAUUAUCUCCACCCCCUAAGGAUGAUGACAUCAACAAAUCGAGAACUUCUUCCACUCUAUAGUCAUGCAGUACGGUGUGUCUUUGAUUCGUGCUUAUGGAUAUAAAUGCCAUAUAUGAAAGCAAAUGCUCUCUAAAGUCAUGAUUUAGUGCUUUAAGGUGACCUGGCUUCUUUGUCACCAACUACAUCUUACAUGUACAUUUUUGAAUUUUUUGAAUCUUAUAUAAAACUCUACAUAUACAAUGUAGGUACAUAUUUCUUUUGUAGUGUAUGCGUCACAUGACCUUAUAUUAAGUCUCACAUUUCCUCUA